UUUGAGAGCGUCCGUCGGACGUGGCUGUGGGUGAUUAGGGCCGCGCUAAGCACGAGCAAGCAGGCAGGCUGCAGCUUUCGUGUCGUCGACGACUCGGCGAUUGGCUGGGCUGUGAGCAGCGGCGAGAGAGAGAGAGAGAGCGAGCGAGCAGCUGGGCGGGCGGAUGAGCGACUUGAGGGCCCAGCCAGGCAGCAGGCAGCAAGCAAGCAAGCAAGCAGUCAGGGAGGGAGAGAGCGCAGCGCGGGGAGCGCUGCAGCCACUGCCGUCCGCCCUCGCACCUCACUCAACCUCACUCUCCAAAAAGAUUUGGCGGUCAGGCGCGAGGCUCCCCUUUCCCACCAGACCAAGCACUCCUAGCCUUCUUUACCACCACUACCCACCAAACACCACCACCACCACCACCACCACUCCUCCCCACUCCUCGACGAGACCCAAAUUUCUUUCACACCCGAACCUCCCACGACUAAAUCUUCAUCAACCCCCCCCCCGUCAACCUCCCCCCUUUUGGGUCUCCGUCGCUACGCACACUCCCCCACCUUCGAGUCCUCUCCCUUGUCCUUUCCACCUUUGCGCGCCUUGCGACAUUGCACUCGGCCUUGAGGACGGACGGCUCAUUCACUUGACGCUCGUCUAGCUUCUCGCGACUUGGACAUUUCACACUUCGUGUCACCCGCUUCGCACGUCACCGACAGCGCCUUCAUCGUCGCCCUCGCCAGUCUCUCUACCACGAGUGACUGCUGCUGCCACAGGCCUCGACAACACACCCACUUCUCACUUCUCGCCCCCUAGCCUCCGAGUCCCUUCGCCGGGCUUGAGCUCUCCGUCCGUUCAAAGAGACGAGAGCAACGAGAGCAAGGCGAUCACGCAAGGGACAUCAUGACCACCUUUGAAGCAGCUCAUCACA